AUGUCACUUUGUAAGAUAAGAUUACAAGAAGAACGAAAACAAUGGAGAAAGGACCAUCCAUUUGGAUUUUAUGCUAAGCCGGUGAAGAAUGCUGAUGGAUCUUUGGAUUUGAAGAGUUGGACUGCUGGGAUACCUGGGAAAGCAGGGACUCCCUGGGAAGGUGGCGUUUAUCCAAUCAAAAUAGAUUUCCCUGAAGAAUAUCCAUCCAAACCUCCAAAAAUUAAAUUCCCAAGUGGAUUUUACCAUCCAAAUGUUUAUCCAAGUGGGACCAUCUGUUUGAGUAUUUUAAACGAGGAACUAGACUGGAAACCAGCUAUUACGAUGAAACAGAUAGUUUUAGGUAUACAAGAGCUCUUGGAUUCACCGAACCCCGAGUCUCCAGCACAGGAGCCUGCAUGGAAGGUUUUUACAAAGGAUAAGGAACAAUAUAAGAAGAAGAUAACUGAGCAAGCUAAGAGAUAUGCGUCUGUGGACUAA